GAUUAAUUUUUUAUGUGUAGCGUGAUUACGUCAUUUAUCCACACAAAUAUUUUCCAAAAACUUUGUGGGCCAGUGUCGUUGUGUUCGUAUAAAUUGUUAUAUUGAUAUUGAUUUGUGUGCCAGUGAUUAAUCGCCGGAUCGUUGUGUGAACAAAAAGCUGCUACCCCUCAGGGAGUUUGGUUUCCACUAGAAUAGUGUCGGUCAUUGAUUAUCUUGUCAGAUUAUUGGUAAGAGGCGUGCGGGUGUUAAAUAAUUUAUUGUAAAAAACCGUGUAAUUAGAACGCCAUGCGUCUUUAGGUGAGUGGUGUAAAAAAUUCGAGAUGACGGAUUUAUAUAGUGAUUAUAGACGAAAAAGUGGUCGCGAAGAUCCUAGAUUAGCUAGACGAGAUAGUAAAGGUUCGAGUAGUAGCGAUCGACCGAAACAGCAAUAUGACAAGUUAGGAAUUCCCAUUUCUCCGAAAGAGAAGCAGACUAGCCCUUCGAAGGAUGCACACAAUUGGUCCUUGCAUCAAGCUCAUAAUCAAACUAAUCAGUAUAAUUCUAGUCUUCAAACAACUUAUCAACACUUGCCAUCGGCACUGUAUACUGAUCAUGGCCAGUAUUCUACACACGGUUACUCCACAGCGUAUCCCACAUAUCAGCAGCAGGGUUAUGCAACUCAGGCUGCCACUUAUGAUCCCUAUCAAGCAUAUGGACAGCAAGCUGCGUACGGUACCGUGGGGCCCGAACCCGGACCUCCAGGAGAAGAAUACCCGCAAAAUGAGUGGGCACCCGUCUCUGCCUAUUCUAACAUGGCUCAAGCACCUAGUCAUGACAUGCCUGUCGCGCAGCAGGUUCCACCAGCUGGAGAUUCUAAGAAAGAAGCUGUAGCGCAAGAGUUGAAGCAACAAAAAGUUCAGAUGUCAAAGCAGCGAGAAGAGUAUGUCAGGAAAGUUUCAGUGUUACGUCGCGAACUUGAUUUGUUGCGUAAUCAGAAGCAAGAACUGUUAGAGGAGCAUUCGUCCGAGCAUGACAAUAAACAUAUUUUACGAGAAAAUAAUAAGUUGCAGAUCGAAAUCCAGAACAAGAUGAAGGCCAUUAACAACGUGAUUGAAAUGUUGACUAAUAUUAUUGGUGACCGGCUUACAAUUUCAGAGUUGGAAGAGCAAUGCAAAGAGGACUCUCCAAAACAUCGUAGAGAGAAAAGCAGGAGAUCUGCUCCUGCUGAGAAGGUGGAAAUUGAACCGCCACGUUACUGUUAUGUGUAUUACGAUCCAGAAUUGCAUUGGUGCCGUGUUUGUGAUGUAUUUCCCAAGUCGGCCAAAGAUUAUUUAUUGCAUUUGCAUAGUAAAGAGCAUCGUCAAAUUACACAGGAACGUGAUAUGGUCGAUACACCUUGGCAUAGGCUUCCUGCCGAACCAGAAUUACCUUCAUUUGAAGGGGCUACUAAGAAAAGGAUGCCAAUUAAAGGUUUGCAGUUCUUGAUAUCCGCAACCUCAUGGUACUGCAAGCUGUGUGACACUUGGGUUGGAGAUUUACAUUGUGCUUCACAACAUCUGAAAUCCCAGAACCACAACCAAAAUUUUGCAAACUUCGUCGAGCAAAAUCCGCAUUGGGAAAUCGAAUGGCUAAGAGACAGGGACAAGGCUUUAGUAAGAAUUUCCAAGGAUCGAAGGUCCGAUAGUGAUGACUCUGAUAAUCACGAAGAAUGGAAAAAAACGAAGAAAGAGAGCUUUACGUCUACAGAAAGUAAAAAAGAUAAGAAAAAGAAAAAACUAAAAAAACGUAAGAAACACUCAAGUGAUUCUAGUUCAACUUCCAGCUCUUCAGACUCGAGUUCAGAAAAUGAGAGCAAUGAUAAAUCUAAGAGUAUCCGAGUUGCAAUGAGAAACAAAAUGAAAUUACAAGCGCAAAUGAUUAUGAGCGAAGACGUGGGAGAUAAGUGGGAAGCUUUAGGUCGUUUAGUUGAAGAAAGUAAACGCAAGGAACCAGUAGAGGUCGUGCCCAAGGUCGUGGAACCGGAAGACAGCUUAAUUAGUCAGUGGAUGACCAUCAAUGAGCCUCAAGAGAAAGAUAAGAGGUUAUUUAAUAAUCUCAAGGAUAGAAUGAAGCAGAAACAAGAAGCCGAAAAGGCUAGGUUGGCCGAAUUGGAACAGCAACGACUAGAAAAAGAAAAACAAGAACGGGAACUACAAGAGAAGAAAGAACAGGAAGAGAGAGCACUUAGGGAAAAGGAGGAAGAAAAGAGAAGGCAACAGGAAGAGUUAGAGAAACAAAGAGAAAGGGAACGGGAACAAAUUAGGUUUAAAACUAAAGAGAAACCUAAGAAACGGAGCGCCUCUAAAAGUCCAGAGAAACCCGCUAAAUACUCCAGGAGUCCAAGUUCCGAGCGUCAUAAACGAGAGCGUAGUGCUGAAAGACGUCGACAUGAUAAUCACCACAAUGAAAAUGGGCGGCAUUCUUCCGAUGGGCGGCGCAAAAGUCCUAGUUACGAUAAAGCACGAGAUAGGGAGAGAUCGCAUCGAGACAAACGAACGUCAACAUCUUCAAAUAAAAAGCCACACUUUAUUGGCCGUAUGCCGCUAUUUAAAAAUAAAAAAGUCGAAGAGAAACAUAACGAAAAAGAAAUUAAAAAAGAAGAGUAUGACAUUCCAAGACGUAGCAGGUUUCAGCCUGGUAAUUUGGCGAGAGCGUUCAUUCCCGAGCCAGAAGUGGUGUGCUUCCCGAGGUUAUCUUCGAUUCCUCCUCUAGCGAUUCCACCCCCUCCAAGCUUGGUACCAGACGCGCCAAAGAUAUCGGAGGAGGUUAUGCACCCUCCACCACCACCCAUCAUAAAUAAUUCGCUAGGCAAUGAAAAAGAUCAGAAUAGCUUGCCUGAAGGUGGCAUUUUGCCUGCCCCGCCGCCGCCUCCGACCGUUUGUAUACCUGAUUACGAUAGUGAUGGCGAUUAUACGAAGGGAAAAGCUUUAUCGCCAUCCGAUUACGAAGAUCCCAUUAGUCAACUGUAUCCGGAAGCAGCUGCUAUGAUGCAGCAAUAUCAAUAUGCAAACAUGGAAUACAAUGCCAUGAUGUAUUCGCAAAUGUACGAUUAUUCGCAAGAUGUCGCUGUAGAAGCUCCUCCUGCUCCGCCCGCGGACGACAUACCUUUAGAGCAUACUUUACCGUUACCUCCACCGCCUUUGCCACCUGAUGACCCCAACGAAGAUCUGGCCAUGUUGGGAAUGAGUGCCGAUGAUAUGGCCGCUCAGAGUUUUAAGUGUUAGUAUUAAUUUCACAUUUAUUUUACUAUGAACUAUUAUGUCAAGGUGCACUUGUUAGUAGUAUGUUUAGUAUUUCAGUUGUGGCUUUUAAGUAAAUAAAGCAAGUCUUAAUUUCA